UCUUCUUCAGUUGAAAUCACUAAUAUAUUUUAUCAGAUAGAUACCACACAGCUGUUUGAUGGUGGUCUAACAAAUAUUUACGAAACGCGUUCAUGCUCCGAGUUAAAAGUCGAAGAGGUACGUUGGUACAAAAACAGUGCAGAGGGGAUAUUUGAGCCUUGUUGCACUUGAGGUUUUUUUUUUUUGUCGUGUGCAACAUUUCGCAGCAAGUUCAAGAAACUUAACUUGGAGAGGCACUUUUUCGUUCGCUAAAUGCUGAGUGCCGUGUCGGCAUAAAGUGGAGGGAGACUUGUUGCAGGACUUGUUGCAGCUCCCUGCUGCUGCUGCUGCUGCUGCUGCUGCUCAGCCAUUGUGGACGUCGGAAAGGGGGCAAGGUCUAGUUUGUAUGCCCGCCGGCUACAGGGCUAGCUGUAUGCAUGAAAGGAGCUGCUGUGUAUGAGCACUUUGGAUGAGCCAUGAGUCUGCUGCUGGCCCGGGAGGACAAAUCGGACUGCCUGCCACCGGGAAUGGAUUAGUCUCAUCUUGAUUCUUGUUUUUCCGAGGGUUUGUAAAGGCACCUUUAUUUGCGCAACACUUUGUAGCAUUUUCUGACGUUCUAAACUCCAAAAAUGAGCAGAUAGAUCAUCACUUGUUGCGGAGGGUUGUGAUUAAAUGUGAGAGGAGGGAGAGAAGAGAAGAAGUCCUACGGCACUUUGUCCUGUAUUCCUGCCUCUGCUGGAGGUGGAAGUUGUUUGGCUGAUCUUCAUCGCUCUACGGGCAGCACAUCAUGAAGAAGAAGAUGGCACCCAAACAACCUUGGACUCAGAUCAUUAUCACAUUAUGGUCCUUACUGUGCCUGAUCCUGUGCAGCACAGCAGCAGCAGCAGAUGUUGUCCCGGAGGAAGAAGGCAUCAGUGCUGAGGCAUGGCUUCGUAAGUUCGGCUACCUGUCUCAGGCGAGCAGUCAGAUGUCCACCAUGCAGUCGGCUCAGAUUCUGUCCAAAGCCAUCAGCGACAUGCAGCGCUUCUACGGCCUGGAGGUGACUGGAGAGAUGGACCCCGCUACUGUUGUGGCCAUGCGUCGGCCUCGCUGUGGCCUCCCAGACAGAAAAGCGGAGGAUAUGGUUGACAGCGCGAGGAAGAAGCGCUACGCUCUCACUGGACAGCAGUGGAGCAAAGACCACAUCACUUACAGUAUACUGAACCAGCACAUCCCCUCCUCGCUGGGCGAGGUGCAUACGUACGAGGCUAUCCGCAAGGCCUUCGACACGUGGAGGCGGGUCACGCCGCUCACCUUUGAGGAGUUACCUGCUGAAAACAACGUCAGCAUCAACAGCAGCAAGGCAGAGCUCGCCGACAUCCUGUUGUUGUUUGCCUCUGGUUUCCAUGGGGAUAUGUCAUUGUUUGAUGGCGAGGGAGGGUCGCUGGCUCACGCCUACUACCCCGGACCAGGAAUCGGUGGGGAUACACACUUUGAUGCUGAUGAGCCUUGGACACUGGACAACCAAAACCCUAAAGGUAUAGACCUCUUCCUGGUUGCGGUCCAUGAACUCGGUCAUGCUUUGGGUCUGGAGCACUCAGAUAACCCCAGCGCCAUAAUGGCUCCUUUCUACCAGUGGAUUCACACACACAACUUCACGCUACAUGAGGACGACAUCCAAGGAAUACAGUACAUGUACGGUCCCCCUCUCCCCAGCGAUGCUCCACCGACUUCUCCUCCCGACCGUGACAACAAACCCAACGAUGACUCCCCCACCUCCCCUUCUCCCCCCGAAAAUGAACCCACCACUACUUCUCCCACCGACCCCCCACCCGAAUCACCCGACGGCAGCCCACACCCCCCGGCCCGGCCGGAGCCGAGCCCCAGCCCUACUUCACCUCCUGUCCUUCCCACCUCCACCUCCACCCCCACCAAGUCCCAGCCUGAGCCGGAACCCGUCACCCCGCACGUUAGAAAAGACGUCCCCCCUCCUCCACCUCCUCCUCGGCCCCCGGCUCCUCCCCGACCUCCCAAGCGGCCGGACAACCAGGCCCCCGAUAUCUGUGACGGGGACUUUGACACGGUGACCAUGCUGAGGGGGGAGAUGUUUGUUUUCAAGGGUCGAUGGUUCUGGCGUGUACGGAGGAACCGGGUCCUGGAUAACUACCCCAUGCCGAUAUCUGUCUUCUGGAUCGGCCUGCCUAGCGACAUCGACGCAGCCUACGAGCGCCACGACGGCAAAUUUGUCUUCUUUAAAGAUGAUCGAUACUGGGUGUUCAGGGAGGCUGACGUGGUGCCAGGAUACCCACAGCCCUUACAUGAGUACGGACAGGGAGUUCCCGCACACAAGAUUGACACAGCAAUCUGGUGGGAGCCCAAUGGAUACACAUACUUCUUCAGUGGAGACAGAUACUGGCGAUACAAUGAGGAGACACGGACUACAGACCGCGACUUCCCCAAGCCAAUCAACAGAUGGGGAAGGAUCCCCAAUUCACCCAAAGGAGCCUUCCUCAGCGAUGACGGAGCUUACACCUAUUUCUACAAAGGCAGCAAUUACUGGAGGUUUGACAACCGCAAGACAGAAGCAGAGAAAGGCUACCCUCGCUCCAUCCUGAAGGAUUUCAUGGGCUGUGCGGGAGCCACCCACCCUCAGCCCGAUACAGACACCGAGCAGGAACCAAAAGACAAACCAGUCAACCCUUCAGACCGAGGCAAAGACGAGCACAAAGAGCCGGACGGGGGCCGAGACAAAGACACAAACCCAGAUGAAGACCCAUCCUCUCAGCCCGACAGCACAGAGGAGGAGGACAAAGACCUGAACGUGGUCGUGAUGGUGGCCGACAACGAUUCAAAGGUCAUGACCCUGAUCAUGGUGAUCGUUCCUCUGGUCCUCAUCCUGUGCAUCCUCGUCCUAGUCUACGCCAUCCUCAGGACUCUGCAGAACAAAGAGACGCCUAGGGCCUUGGUGCACUGCAAACGUUCGAUGCAGGACUGGGUGUGAGGCACAGAAUUAGAAGAGAUAGAGCGGGUAUUCACCAUUUGUCUGGUACAGUCAAAAUUUGGACUUAUGGCGCUGUGGAAAGAGGCUCUGGUGCAGUAGGAUGAGUCACCGUUUUUGGGCCCCAUUCAUUGCAAGAACUUUUUAUUGCUCAUGUGAAAUAAUGCAAACGUGGUAAAGUCGGUGCCUGUGGAGCUGCAGUGUACGUUUCCCUCCACUGGCCUUGAAGUUUUUCUCCUGUGCCUCCCUUUGUGCCUUCCAAAUGUCUGAAAAGUACCUCUAUUUCUUAAAAAAAAAAAAAAAAAAAUCCCGUUUAUUCCAUCAAAGCAUUAAAAAAAAUGUGUCAGCCACUAAAUGUGUACAGUCGAAGACACAUGACACACUAGGGAAUGUCCGUUUCUAUCAGUUCUAAUUGUACCGAUGAUUUAUUUGUAGCAUAAAUGCAGACAAAGUCGAUAACGCACAUACAUCACACAGAAGCACACACACUGUACAUACACAACACAACAUGAGUGCUUAUAGCUAUGAAAUCAACUACACAAAUACAUGCAUUAACAUGAACAAGUCUUCCAUAUGCUCGACUACGGUGCCUCAACCAACCUUUCUUUUGUUUAGAACAGAUAAUUUGCACUUUUGAUUCCGUUUAUUGUCGUCUUUGUUUUGCUGAGGUUGCUUCGCUGCAGAUAUGUGUGCGUGUUUAUUAAACACACACACACUAGCAGAAGAAGCACGUCCUCCGACCUGCGCAGGAAUGUCAAACAGCUGUGUGCGUCCAUGACCGCCCCGUCUCCCACUGAGCCCAUUAUGUCUGCCCUCUUUCUCACACACACACACACACACACACAUGCACCAAUGUCACAUGAUCUCCAAAAAAAUCCCGAACUGUGCUCAUUUGUGCAUGCAUGUCCACUCAUGUUCACACACACACACACACCAAGACAUAGAGACCACUUACCCAAACAAAGGCACAUAGAGUUUUUUGCACACAGACACAAGGGCUCCAGCCUCCCCUCCUCCCACCACAGCCACGAUAACUGUUCAGGCAGCACCACUAAAAACACAAUCCCAGCGGAGACAUAUUGAUAUACGCCUGGUGCCAGGGCUUGGAUGAAAUAUAAAGGAGGGGGGGUUAUUCACGCUUAACAAGAAGAAUUGAAAAAUCUUGUGGUAUUUUACAAAUUGUGUCCGUCUCAGCUCGACCUGUGAAGAGUAAAACCAUAGCAGCAGUAUCUGUCUUUCUGUAUCUCUUGUUUUUUUCCUGCUCCAUCCAGCUAAGUAGAGUUAAUUAAGUGUACAAGGGAGAAGCCUGCAGGCUGGAGAGGAAUGGGUCAGGGUCUGGUUUCCAUUAAGCCCACAUGCUGCUGAUUUAGUAGUGUCAGGCAUGAGGAGGGGGGAAGGGGGGGAGUUGGGGAAAAUGCAAAAAGAAGUAUAUAAAAAAAUAAUAGCGGGGAGUGAGGAGAAAGGGGAAAUGAGAGAGAAUGGGAAAGAAAGAAAGAAAGAAAGCGGGGGAGGCACAGAUUGAGGAGGGGAGAGGGAGGGCCCUGCCAGAAUUUCCCUUGCCAGUUUUUUUAGAAAAGGAGGAGCGAGGGAAAGAGGGAGGAAGGAUCUCGGGGAGGGGCAGCGCUGGCGUUGAGCCCCCUGACCUAGAUCGGGAUGCUAAAAUCCACUCCUCCUUUUCAAGUCUUCUUGUUUUUGAUCUGUAUGUUGUCAUGAGCUGGAGAUGACUUCCUCUGCGACCCCCUCCUUCCUUCCUCACUUUACCUUUGCUCCACUUUUCCUUUUGUGUGUAUUGAUGUAUUAAUUUUCUUCUCCAAAGUUAGCUCAAGAAUUGAAAAGUGUCCAUUUGAGUCUCCCACUAUCUUUCUAUCUGUCUGUUUACUCUUGCUUGUCUCUGUGUAAAGCCAUUAUUCACACACUACAAUCAUCACCCUUCACUUGUGCCUUUACAUUGUGCCUAUACUUUGUUCAUUGUGCCUUUUUCUGUGAAUAUUUGGGGGGCAUUUAUUUUCACUAUAAAUAGCAUGAGGGAACAUUUUUAAAAAUGUUUUUUUUUUACUCUACUUAUCAUUGUAGUUUUGUAAAUUUUGUUUAUGUUCAGGUUGUUUUUUUUGUAAGAAUAGCAGUAGAUUAUGACGUUGAUGCAUGCAGGGCAUGUUCUGUAAGGCCUGUGCACUCCUUUGUAGAGUACAUUAAAGAUUUCACAAUAAAAGUUAACAGGUAAAAGCAA